UUCUUGGACACCUGCCUGGAAGCUGGCUGUCCGGUUUCCUGUGACCUUGGGGUUUGAACAGGACAGGCCCCAGAGGGCCUAGGGCACUGUCCCUUCCCAGGGCCUUCACCCUUAGUCGCUCCUCCCUCGUGCUAAUACCCCGCCCCUUACAAAACCUAAACUUUCUGGGCUGGAAUUUGGCAUUUUCCAGCCCCAACUUACGGUGGGGAACUUAAGGUGGGGGUGGCCUUGGCCUUUGGGGGAAUGGAACCCAGAAGGGUGACACCUGGAAAACCCUGCAGGGGGCCUCGUGUGGCCACGGGGUCGAGGACGGCCGCAGAGCUCGUGUACCAUCUAGCGGGGGCCCUGGGCACGGAGCUGCAAGAGCUGGCCCGCCGAUUCGGGCCCGAGGCGGCAGCCGGGCUGGUGCCACUUGUGGUGCGGGCGCUGGAGCUCCUGGAACAGGCCGCGGUGGGGCCCGCCCCGGACUCGGUGAGUGACUUUCCUCGCUCCUCCCGCGCGGGACCGUUAGACUCUAAACCCGCUUCCUGGCCUCCCCAGCUGCAGGUGUCCGCGCAGCAGGCGGAAGUGGAGCUGCGGCGGCUGCGGGAGGAGAACGAGCACCUCCGCAGGGAGGCGCGCGCCGGGCCGCAGGAGGAGCGCGCGCUGCUGCUGCGGCUGAAGGAAGUGACCGACAAGCAACGGGACGAGCUCCGCGCACACAGCCGUGACCUGAGGCAGCGGAGCCAGGAAACCGAGGCGCUGCAGGAGCAGCUACAGCGCCUUCUGCUGGUGAAUGCAGAGCUGCGCCACAAGCUCGCGGCUGUGCAGGCCCAGCUGCGGGCUGCGCAGGACCGCGAGAGGGAACAUGAGCUGCCGCGGGAAGGCGCCCGCGAGCGGGCUGAAGGAGAGAAGCAGCAGCCAAACCCGGCGUCCCCUGAGGACUUGGUGGACGCCCUGGGGCAGCCCGGUCGCCCGGUUGAGGCAGGGCAGUGUGGCUUCAGCCGGGAGGAGCUGGAACAGAUCCUUCAGGAGCGGAAUGAACUCAAAGCCAAGGUGUUUCUGCUCAAGGAGGAAUUGGCCUACUUCCAGCGGGAGCUGCUCACAGACCACAGGGUCCCUGGACUUCUACUGGAGGCUAUGAAAGUAGCUGUCAAGAAGCAGCGGAAGAAGAUCAAGGCCAAGAUGUUAGGAACACCAGAGGAAGCCGAGAGCAGUGAUGAUGAAGAUGGCUCAUGGCCUCUGCUCUCCAAAAAUAAGGAAGAUGACUCCCCCCCGCCUGAGUCCAGAGUCCAGAGUUUCUUUGGCCUGUCGUGUCGGAGUGAAGCAGAGGCCCCUCGAGCUGAGACCGGUAGCACCUCUCCCAGCGAGCGAGGGGGAGAAGAGGAGGCCCCCCAGCAACCUCAUGUGGAGCCUGUUGGCACCCCUCAAGCCCCCAACUCCUGAGUCUCCCUGUUCUGUGCCCAAUGGACACCUGGUCUGAGGCCUCAGCUUCUCCAGAGGUCUGUCACUGGUGCCUGGAUGGGGAUGGACAUGUGACCUCAAGUGAGGCCAGGCCUUCUGUCUUUACAGCCUUCUGUGGGCUUCAUCUGUGGGCCUAGCCUGCAGCAGGUGUGACAGGGCACUCAGCCUGCCUACCUUCGCUGAGGGCUCUGCACCCAAGCCUCAGGGUCACCGUAAAAGUGCUUCCUGAGUUUCAGUUUCUUCAUUUCUGAAACAGAGAACUGACUACCAAUGCCCAGGGGUUUGUGCAGAUGGCUCGAGCUAAAAUAAUAAAGAAGCUGUCCCCCUAGUACCCCACAA